CGCACGACAACACAAAGCUUACAAAUGAAAGGCUACUUAGUGUUUUCGCCGGUUGUCAGCCACGUCUAGUUGAAUUUUGCUUUCCAUUAUUUCAAAGUGAGUGAGUUGUAAAGUGUCAGAAUGUUGAAGUCUGUUUUUCUGUAUUCAUUAUUUUAUUUCACGCUUGCUGCGGAAACUGACGUUAUAGAACUGUCGGAUGAUGAUUUUUCAGCGAGAAUUUCAGAACAUGAAACUGUCCUUGUCAUGUUUUAUGCUCCGUGGUGUGGGCAUUGUAAGAAGCUGAAACCAGAAUAUGCAAAAGCAGCAGAGCUUAUCAAGUAUAAUGAACCUCCGGUGUUAUUAGCCAAGGUGGACUGUACUGAAGCUGGAAAAGAAACAUGUAAUAAGUUUGGUGUUACGGGCUACCCGACUCUUAAGAUAUUUCGAAAUGGAGAGUUCUCACAAGAAUAUAAUGGUCCUCGAGAAGCAGCUGGCAUUGUGAAGUACUUGAAGGCACAGGUGGGUCCAAGCUCUCGAGAGCUUUCUUCUGUUGCUGACUUUGACGACUUCAUCGGCAAAGAUGAUGUUGCAGUAGUAGGCUUCUUUGAGAAGGAAACAGAUCUGAAAGGAGCUUUUUUGAAACUUGCUGACAAAUUGCGUGAGAGAGUUCGUUUUGGCCACUCUACCACAAAGGCUGUGCUAGAGAAGGCAGGACACACGGAUGCCAUAGUACUGUUCCGACCUAAACACCUGCUUAACAAGUUUGAGCCAAACUCGGUUACAUAUGAGGGUGCUAGCAAGAAGGAAGAUGUUGAGUCUUGGAUCAACAAGAACUAUCAUGGUUUGGUGGGCCACCGGCAUAGAGACAAUGUCAAUGAUUUCACACCGCCCUAUGUUGUUGCAUACUACAGUGUAGACUAUGUAAAGAACGCCAAGGGAACCAACUACUGGCGAAACCGCAUCCUCAAGGUGGCCAAGAACUAUGCUGAUAGCACCAAAUUUGCUGUUAGUGCAAAGGAUGACUUCCAGCAUGAGCUGAAUGAGUACGGCUAUGACUACGUGAAGGGAGACAAGCCGGUCGUGUUCGCGCGUGACGCCAAGAACCAGAAGUACGUCAUGAAGGAUGAGUUCUCAGUGGAAGUGUUUGAGCAGUUUGUUAAGGAUGUGGUGGGAGGAAAGCUGGAACCUUACCUCAAGUCUGAGCCCAUUCCAGAGGACAACAGCGGACCUGUGACAGUUGCAGUGGCCAAAAAUUUCGAUGAAGUGGUGACCAAGAAUGGAAAGGACACAUUAAUUGAGUUCUAUGCACCCUGGUGUGGUCACUGCAAGAAACUUGCCCCAGUGUAUGAUGAGCUUGCGGAGAAGCUGAAGGAUGAGGAUGUUGCGAUUGUCAAGAUGGAUGCCACCAACAAUGAUGUGUCUGCUACGUAUGAGGUUCGUGGGUUCCCGACCCUGUACUGGGCUCCCAAGGACACAAAAGAUUCUCCAGUUCGAUAUGAGGGUGGCCGCGAAGUGGAUGACUUCAUUAAAUACAUAGCGAAGCAUGCUACAAAUGAAUUGAAGGGCUGGGAUCGGAAAGGAAAGCCCAAAAAGGAGGAGCUCUAAGUGAGGAGAGUGAAGUAUUGCAUAGACACCGUAUCUUCCAUAAAGCAAUACUGCAGACAGUAAUGCCAAUACAUCAUUUAAUAGAUUUGCUGUAAACUAUUUUUGGUUCAUAGAAGUGAGAUUGGUGACUGUAAUUGCAAAAUAAAGAAGACUGAUCAGUGUUCAUGUCUGUUCUGACAGAUGCACAAGGAUCACCUGUUUCCUGUUGAUCUGCUAUAGGCGAACAAACAGUUGUGAAUAAUAUACUGUUGUGAUGAUUGUUAUGUUGUCAGUGUGAUGUUAUGGUCGAGAAUUUUUGUAAGAAAUAUUAUACAGUACUUGGUUUUGCAAAGUGUA